CUUUAGUUUUGUCAAGGAUCAGAGACGUGUGUUUCGUGCUUGUCGAAAGGUUCAUACAGUGGUUGCACGACAGUAAACAAAGCGAUUGUGUGUCGUGGUCCCUUAAUAUUUGUGAAGCAGUACACUUCGUGGUUGAAAGGCUGCGUAUAUGUACGGAAAUAUGCGCGAAAGAGAAGAAUUUUGUCGAAUUUUUCCACCGGGACAACCGAUCCAGGCACCGACGGCACGGGCCUUGGGCCUUGACGCUCUGCACAAUCUUUGUAAAGAGAUCUAUCCAGACCAAAGCAAUCCACUCACUGUCACUGCUGUCGUGAAAUACUGGUUGGGGGGUCCAGAUCCACUCGACUACAUAAGCAUGUACGAAAAUCCUGGCUGUCCUGAAUUAGGCGUACCACCACAUUGGCAUUAUAUUAGUUUGGGUUUGUCGGAUCUACACGGAGAUGGACGGAUACAUCCGAAAAGUGGUCCAGAUCGUCCAAGUGGCUUUGGAUUUGAGCUGACCUUUAGAUUAGUUAGAGAAAGAAAUGAGAUGACUCCUCCCACUUGGCCAGCAAAUGUGAUGCAACAGUUAGCAAAAUAUGUUUUUAAUUCUGGUAAUAUGUUGUUGCCUGGAGACCAUGUCUCAUGGCAUGCACCUUUAGAUAAUGGGAAUGGUCGUAUCACACAAAUUUUAAUGGGCAGGGAUCCACAACUACCUUCAUCUAUAUCUACACCUCAUGGUGAUGUUUCAUUUGUUCAAAUUGUAGGAGUCACUUCGGAAGAACUACAAGCUGCACAGCAUUGGAAUGGCUUGGGUCUUGUAAAUUUAUUAAAAUCUAGUCGUGGUUGUGGACCAUGGUUGGUAACAGAUAUGAGAAGGUUGUAUUCUGUUAUGGAAGAUGAUCCCUCCAUAGCAGAGAAAAUACAAACUGGCAUAGAGAAGGAGGGUUCUAAUUUAAGUGGUGUAUCUGCAAAGUGUUGGUGGGUUCAGGUAAACAGUGAUAAAAGUACAGAAAAAUAUAGAGAGACAAAAAAUGAAUCAGAUGAAGAAGAUGAAGAUAUAAAACCAAUUAUAAAAUCGGAAAGAUUGUCCCCUUGUGAACAGGAUAUGAAUUUACCACAUGAAAAUUUUAUUAAAGUUUUACCAGGUCUUCAUUUAACUUUUAAUCUUGAAGCAGGUUCUCUGUUACCAUUAGCAAUAAAGGGUCGCGUCAUGCAUGGAAGGCAUUUUACAUUUAAAUCUAUAUUGUCUCAUACGGCAAUUACAAUAGUGGCACCUUCAGUUACUGGUACUCUAGUUUCUAGGGAGAAACCAUAUGUUGUUCAAGGGCCAUGGUUACAAGUUCUACUUCCCGAAGAUUUAUCUGAAAAAAUGGCCCAAGAGUUUCAAGUUUUAAGUUCACCAAAUCAAAUACAAUUGCCAAAGACAUUUUCUUGGCCCGAACAUAAACUAGUUAUUACUGUUGUAAAUGACUGAAACAAACUAGCUUAACACUGUACGAAAUGUCGUUAAAGCAAAUUAGGAUAAAUUGACGUAAGCAAAGUAUUAUCUAAUUUUGUUAUAAAGCGAGUUUCAACGAAAUUAUUUAUAAUCGAAGUGCGUAUGUAUGAUUAUCGAGAAUACGAUAGAACCAUGAGACUUUACGUAUCAAUAUGUAAAAGACGAGGCAAACUAUAAUGAAUAAAUUUCUAUUCAUCAGGUACAUAGAGAGUAUAGAACAUAUUUUAC